AUGCAGUCACUUCAUAUAUUGAUUACUGCCCUUAUCAGUUUUCUUCUCUAUCUGCUUUCCUUCUCUCUGUAUAUAUCUCCUUUUGCUUCACUUUCUCCUUUCCAUUUCUUUCUCUUUUCCUUCUCUUUCUCCUUUUUUACUUUCCCCUUUGCUUCUCUCCUCUUUUGCUUCUCUUUCUUCUUUCCUUCUCUCUCUCUCCUCUUUUGCUUCCCUUUCUUCUUACCUUCUCUUCAUUUGUACUUUUCUUUUUUCAUUCAUCCUCUCCCAUUUUGCUUCCCUUUCCCCUCUCUUUCUCCUUUCCUUCUCUUUUGCUUUUGUUUGUCCUUUCCCUCUUUCCCCUUUGCUUUUCUCCUCUUUUGCUUCUCUUUCUCUUUUCAUUCUCUCUCUCCUCUUUCACUUCCCUUUCUUCUACAAUUUUGCUUCUCUUUUUUUCAUUCCUGCUCUCCCAUUGUGCUUCUCUUUCCCCUUUCUUUCUCUUUUCCUUCUUUCCCCUCUGCUUUCCUUUCUCCUUUCCUUCUCUCCAAUUUUUCUUCUCUUUCUCCUUUCCUUCUUUCCCCUUUGAUUCUCUUUCUCCUUUCCUUCUCUCCCCUUUUGCUUCACUUUCUCUUUUCCAUUUCUUUCUCUUUUCCAUUUCUUUCUCUUUUCCUUCUCUUUCUCCUUUCUUUUUUUCCCCUUUGCUUCUCUCCUCUUUUGCUUCUCUUUCUUCUUUCCUUCUCUUUCUCUCCUCUUUUGCUUCCCUUUCUUCUUACCUUCUCUUCAUUUUUGCUUCUCUUUUUUCAUUCCUCCUCUUCCAUUGUGCUUCCCUUUCCCCCACUUUCCUUCUCUUUUGCUUUCCUUUUUCUCCUUUUCUUCUCUUUUGCUUCUGUUUCUCUUUUCCUUCUUUCCCCUCUGCUUUCCUUUCUCCUUUCCUUCUCUCCAAUUUUUCUUCUCUUUCUCCUUUCUUUCUCUCCCCUUUUGCUUUACUUUCUCCUUUCCUUCUAUCUCGCCUCUUUUUCUUCUCUUUCUUCUCUCUCUUUUUGCUUCUCUUUUUUCAUUCCUUCUCUCCUGUUUUGCUUCCCUUUCUCCUUUCUUCCUCUCCUCUUUUUCUUCUCUUUCACCUUUCCUUCUUUUCCCUCUGAUUCUCUUUCUCAUUUCCUUCUCUCCCCUUUUUUCUCCUUUUCUUUUCUUGUUCCGCUUUUGCUUCUCUUUCUUUUUUCCUUCUCUUUCUUUUUUCCUUCUCUCCCUUUUUGCUCUUCCCUUUCUCCUUUUCUUCUCUCCCCUUUUCUCCCCCUUCUCAUUUCUUUCUCUUUCCUCUGCUUCGCUUUUUCCUUUCCUCCUCCCUCCUUUUGCCUUUCUUUCUUCUUUCCUUCUCUCUUUCCUCUUUUGCUUUUCUUUCUCCUUUCCUUAUCUCCCCUUUCUCCUUUCCUUUUCUCCCUUUUCUUCUUUCCUUCUCUUUUGCUUCUCUUUCUUCUUUCUUUCUUUCUUUCUUUCUUUCUUUCUUUCAUUCUUUAUUUCUUUCUUUCUUUCUUUCCCCAUUCCUACUCUUUCUGCUUUCCUUCUCUCCCUUCUUUUGCUUCUCUUUCUCCUUUCUUUCUCUCUCCUUUCACUUCUCUUUGUCUUUUCAUUCUCUCCCCUUUUUCUUCUCUUUCUCCUUUCUUUCUCUCUCCUUUCACUUUUCUUUGUCUUUUCAUUCUCUCCCCUUUUGCUAAUCCUGACUUUAAGAUUGUCUCUAGGCACCAAGCCUAUUCCUUCUCUUUCAUUUUAUCUUUUUUCUCCUUUCCCCUUUGCUUCUCUUUCUCCUUUCCUUCACUUUUGCUUCUCUUUCCCCUUUCCUUCUCUUUUUCCUUUCCUUCUCCUUUUUUCUUCUUUCUCCUUUCCUUCUCUUUCAUUUUAUCUUUUUCAAUUCCUCUUCUGGUUUGUGCCUUUUCUUUCAUUCCACCAGUUUCAUUCCUUUUGUUUUUAAUCAUUCUCAUUCAUUCCAUCCCUUUCCUUGUUCCUCUUUUUAGUCAUUCUCUUUCAUCUCCUUCAUUAUUUCUUUUUUCAUUCUUCUAUUUCAUCCCUUCUAUUUCUUUUUUCAUUCCUAUUUCAUUUCUUCUCUUUCAUUCGUUUUCUUUCAUUUAUUUGCUUUCAUUUUGUUGCUUUUAUUCCUUCUGUUUCCUUAUUUCUAUUUUAUUUAUUCAUUCUUAUUUCUUCUCUUUCUUUGCUCCUCUUUCAGUUCUUCUCUUUCACUCCGUUUUCUUUCAUUGCAUUCUCUCUCUCUUUUCUUCUUCUUCAUUCUAUAGUUGGUUUUUUCUUUCUUUCAUUCCAAUCCCUUUCAUUUUUUUAAUCUUUCAUUCCCUUUUUCCUCUUUCAUUGCAAUCUCUUUCUUUUUUCUUUCAUUCCAACUUCUCUGCUUUAUUCUCUUUCAUUUCUAGGAAUUCCUUCCUUCACUUUCAUUCCAAUCUCUUUUAUUUAUGUGUUAUUCAUUUCUCUUUCUUCAUUCCAGUCUUUUUUUUUCUUUCUACUUUUUCAUCCCAAUCUCUUUCAUUCCUCCUCUUUUCUUUUUCAUUCUUUCUUUUUGUAUAUCUUUCUCAACUUCAUUUACACUCUGACACCGUCAGACGGACGUGCAACACUUCUGUAUUCGUUCUUUUUUUUAAUAAUAUAUAUUGGAGUGAUUUCUCAUUAUCUAUCUAUCUAUCUAUCUAUCUAUCUAUCUAUCUAUCUAUCUAUCUCAGUCUCUUUAUCUAUCUAUUCAUCUAUCUAUCUAUCUAUCUAUCUAUCUAUCUAUCUAUUUCAGUCUCUAUCUAUCUUCUCAGUUAUAUCUGUCUGUCUGUCUCGGUCUCUUCAUAUCUAUCUAUCUAUCUAUCUAUCUAUCUAUCUAUCUAUCUAUCUAUCUAUCUUUCUCAGUCUCCUCAUAUCUGUCUGUCUGUCUCGGUCUCUUCAUAUCUAUCUAUCUAUCUAUUUAUCUAUCUAUCUCAGUCUCUUUAUCUAUCUAUCUAUCUAUCUAUCUAUCUCAGUCUCCUCAUAUCUGUCUGUCUGUCUCGGUCUCUUCAUAUCUAUCUAUCUAUCUAUCUAUCUAUCUAUCUAUCUAUCUAUCUAUCUAUCUAUCUCAGUCUCUUUAUCUAUCUAUCUAUCUAUCUAUCUAUUUCAGUCUCCUCAUAUCUCUCUGUCUGUCUCGGUCUCUUCAUAUCUAUCUAUCUAUCUAUCUAUCUAAUCUAUUCAUUAUCUAUCUAUCUAUCUAUCUAUCUAUCUAAGCCUGUUAAGUAUCUAUCUACCUAUCUCAGUCUGAUCAUAUCUCUCUAUCUCAGUCUAUUCAUUAUCUAUCUAUCUAUCUAUCUAUCUAUCUAUCUAUCUAUCUAUCUAAGCCUUCCAUUCAUUAUCUAUCUAUCUAUCUAUCUAUCUAUCUAUCUAAGCCUGUUAAUCUAUUCAUUAUCUAUCUAUCUAUCUAUCUAUCUAAGCCUGUUAAUCUAUUCAUUAUCUAUCUAUCUAUUCUAUCUAUCUAUCUAUCUAUCUAUCUAUCUAUCUAAGCCUGUUAAGCAUCUAUCUACCUAUCUCAGUCUGAUCAUAUCUCUACCUCAGUCUAUUCAUCUAUCUAUUAUCUAUCUAUCUAUCUAUCUAUCUAUCAUCUAUCUAUCUAUCUAUCUAUCUAAGCCUGUUAAGUAUCUAUCUACCUAUCUCAGUCUGAUCAUAUCUCUCUCCCUCAGUCUAUUCAUUAUCUAUCUAUCUAUCUAUCUAUCUAAGCCUGUUAAGUAUCUAUCUACCUAUCUCAGUCUGAUCAUAUCUCUCUACCUCAGUCUAUUCAUUAUCUAUCCUAUCUAUCUAUCUAUCUAUCUAUCUAAGCCUGUUAAGUAUCUAUCUACCUAUCUCAGUCUGAUCAUAUCUCUCUACCUCAGUCUAUUCAUUAUCUAUCUUAUCUAUCUAUCUAUCUAUCUAUCUAAGCCUGUUAAGUAUCUAUCUACCUAUCUCAGUCUGAUCAUAUCUCUCUACCUCAGUCUAUUCAUUAUCUAUCUUAUCUAUCUAUCUAUCUAUCUAUCUAUCUAUCUAUCUAAGCCUGUUAAGUAUCUAUCUACCUAUCUCAGUCUGAUCAUAUCUAUCUAUCUCAGUCUAUUCAUUAUCUAUCUAUCUAUCUAUCUAUCUAUCUAUCUAUCUAUCUAUCUAUCUAUCUAUCUAUCUAUCUAUGCUAGGGCCCCAAAAGACUGGCCAUUCACAACUCCAUUCAAGGACCUGCCUGUUAGGAAGGACUUUAUCAUUGAGAUGAUUUUUCCAGUGAUUCUAUAG